AUAACAACAACAACCCUGGCUAAUCCUUGGUGGAGUGGCCAUCAGGUGGGGUUGGGUGUAGGGAUUGACCCUACACCUUCUUCCCUAAACAAACACCAAAUAGACCUUUCCAUAAACGAAAACAACGAAAAUAGAGAAGAGGAAGAAGAAGAAGAGAGAGAGAACAGCGAUGAACCGAAAGAGGGUGCAGUUGAGGUUGGAACGCGAAGACCAAGAGGGAGACCCCCAGGAUCCAAAAACAAGCCCAAACCCCCAAUCUUUGUCACAAGGGACAGCCCAAACGCGCUUAGGAGCCACGUAAUGGAGGUAGCUGGUGGAGCUGACGUGGCAGAAAGCAUGGCCCACUUCGCAAGGAGGCGCCAGCGUGGCGUCUGCGUCCUUAGUGGGAGUGGCUCUGUCGCCAACGUUACUCUCCGACAACCUACGGCACCUGGAGCUGUUGUAGCACUCCAUGGAAGGUUCGAGAUUCUGUCCUUAACUGGGGCGUUUCUUCCAGGACCUGCUCCUCCAGGGGCCACUGGACUCACUGUGUACCUUGCUGGAGGACAGGGUCAGGUUGUGGGAGGGAGUGUUGUUGGCCCUCUGGUGGCUGCUGGCCCUGUUAUGGUUAUUGCUGCUACUUUUUCUAAUGCUACUUAUGAGAGGUUGCCUCUUGAGGAGGAUGAAGAGGAUGAGGGUGGUGGUGGUGGCGGGGGCGGCGGUAACAUUCAUGGUGGAGGAAGUGCUUUGGGAGGGUCUCCUUCUAGAAUUGGAAGCAGUGCUGCUGGGACCCAUUUACAGCCUGGGAUUCCUGAUCCUUCUUCUUUGCCCUUGUAUAAUCUCCCACCAAAUCUUCUUCCCAAUGGAGGCCAAGUGGGCCAUGAAGCUUUUGCUUGGCCUCAUGCUCAUGCAAGACCACCUUACUGA